AUGCAACGACAUCUCUUUAUACUUCUGGCCGUGACCGUGCUGGCUUCAGCCGCACCAGCCCCUGGAUACUUCCAUGAGACAGUGCACGCACCACUAAUCCACCCCGUGGUUCACGCGCCCAUAAUACAUUCGGCGCCCAUAGUGCAUCACGCGCCCAUUAUUCAUUCGGCGCCCAUAGUCCAUCACGCGCCCAUCAUACAUUCGGCUCCAAUAGUACAUCAUUCACUGCCAGUAGUUCAUGGGGUGCAUGCCCCCAUAGUAAAAUAUAAGCUGAAGUCACAUUACCAUCUCUUCGGUUAA